UUGAAAAAUUGCUUUUUAAUGAAUAUUGUCAAACAGCUACUUACGAAAGUCAAGAGUUACUUCUAAGAAAUGACCGGUCAUCAUCCGCAAUUUGGAAAUCUUUUCCACCUUAGAAAUAUUGUAUUCUACAAAAUGUCACCUUAUCACGUGAGAUUGUUUCCUAGUUUUCGGAUUAAAAAUACUAUACGAAGAAUAUGCUAUGAAGCGCCAUGGGUAGUAACACCAUUAGCAGUGGCGUGCUUAGUAUACUAUUCUAUGGAUAAUUUACAUGAAAAAUAUCAAAGAAAAAUUCCAGGACAAUUUGAUGACGAAGAUAAUACAAAUUCUCAAAACAAUAACAACAAAAACAAUAACAACAACAAAAACAAAAACAACAACAACAACAACAACAACAACAAAGGAAAAUAAAUAAAAAUGUGAAUAAAAAUUUAUAAAAAUUUUACUUAUAUUAAUUCUUCUUCCUUUUUAUUUCAUGACGUAUUUUUUUUUAUUUUAUUCUUGAUAAAAUAUACCUCUUCAAAGAUUUAUAAUAUAUAUUAUGCUGUAAAAUAUAUUUGUAUAUUUUUUAAUUUAUUCUUCUUAAUAAAGAAGCCUUGUAGUUGA